GUUGUUCGAUGCGCAUCUAACUCGGCUGAGCAUGUAUCACUUUACAGCCCUUUCUUCCGCAGACAAACUACCACCUUCAUCGGUCUCUUCGCAGCUUGACGAGGAACUCUUACAGCCACCCGCAAAGAGACGACGUAUUUCCUCAUCUUCAUUGAGCGACGCAGAAGACGACGAAGACGAGAACAGGCCCCUUGCAUCCCGAAUGGUGGGGACACACGUUUCUAGCAACGGCACUCGUCCGCAUGGAAGACGCAGCGGCAAGAAGACAUCGAGUAUGAAGUCAAAAGCACAGACCGCUCCGGCGUCAAUACCGCCACCCACAGGCGAACAACAAGCAGAGAUGAACGGGGAGUUUUCGCAGCUGAAUGGACAUGAGCCACCGGUCAAAAUGGAAGACCAACUAGACGAAGGGCAGCUGGAUCUGUUAGCAACAGGCGUAACCGUCGACACAGCCAGUGCCGCUACGAUCUCUCCUCCCCUGAAACCAGAGAAAAUCUCGGCAAAGGAGCUGCGAAAGGGUGUGAUCAAGAUCCUACCUAUCGAGAAUGAUGGACAGCCACGAUCGUUCGUCAUUUUGACGAACCUGAAGACGCUUUUUCAGAAACAAUUACCUGUGAUGCCCCGCGAAUACAUUGCUCGGCUGGUUUACGACUCCAACUCGAAAUGUCUCGCCAUUUGCAAACGAGGAUAUAAAGUCGUGGGCGGUAUUUGCUACCGUCCGUUCACCCAUCGCGGCUUCGCCGAGAUCGUUUUUUUUGCGACGGCAUCAGCAGAUCAAGUCAAGGGCUACGGUGCCCUGCUAAUGGAUCAUUUCAAAGCUCAUAUUCGACGGACCUACCCCGACAUGAUGCAUUUUCUGACAUACGCAGAUAACUUCGCAGUUGGAUAUUUUAAGAAGCAAGGUUUCUCAAAGAACAUCACGCUUGAUCGGGCCAUAUGGGCAGGUUAUAUCAAGGACUACGAGGGUGGAACGAUCAUGCAAUGCACGAUGCUACGAAAGGUCGAUUACCUCGCCACGAAAGAGAUCGUAGCACAGCAGAGGGAAGCGAUCUUGGCAAAGAUCAGGCAGAUGUCGAAGAGUCAUAUUGUGUACGAGGGGCUGCCACAGUUUCAGGAUGGGAAAGGGGAAGGGCUCGUCAUCGAUCCCAAGGACGUGCCAGGUUUGAGGGAGAGCGGGUGGAUACCCAAUAUGAAUGUCCCUGCACGCCCCUCGACUAAGAAUUUUGAGCGCAGCGCAAUGGAAUCUAUUCUGUCAGACUUGCAGGCCCACCCUCAGGCCUGGCCCUUCAAGGAACCUGUCAACGCUCAGGAGGUGCCGGAUUACUACGAUGUAAUUCAAAAUCCGAUGGAUUUCUCAACUAUGGAGCACAAACUCGAGACGGGGCAAUAUCAAGAUCUCGACGCGUUCAUUGCAGACGCUCAGCUUGUGUUCGACAACGCUAAGGUGUACAAUCCCGAGGAUACCAUCUAUUAUAAGGGCGCGGUUAAGAUGGAACGAGUGCUGAUGGAUCAUGUCAGUCGCGUGCGCGAAAUCAGCUGAACGGGCCCUAUUUGUGUAGGUUGUUCUAUGGACUUGUUCGUAAUGCCGGUAUUUUUAUAGAGCUUAGUUGGACAUUGUGCUUCGUUUGUCUGCGGCUGCGUAUGCGCAAAAUCUUCACAGGAUUGCCGUGCAGCUCUUCC